CAUCUCAACCCUAACUUUAUAUAAUCAGUAUUAAAUCCAGGCAUCUUCAACGAGCCGUCAACAAAGAUAGGAAAACGUAGUCGUUUGAUACAGCUGGUAUAAAAUCUGAAUUCAUUCUUCAAAUAAAUUAAAAUCUUCGUUGGCGUUGUUGUUGGUUGCGUUACAGAUUUUGGACUAAUCAUUAUUUUCGUGCCUGCAAAGUCAGCACGACGAUCGCGUUUCGAUCUUCAAAGUAGAAGAAGACCCGCCACAAUCACAAAUCGCGGUGCAUAUAGUCUAAAGGGUCAAUGGCCUCUUCUUCGGAUCCAUGGAUGAGAGAGUACAAUGAGGCUUUGAAACUCUCUGAGGAUAUUAAUGGCAUGAUGUCUGAAAGGAAUGCCUCCGGGUUAACCGGGCCUGAUGCUCAACGUCGUGCCUCUGCAAUUCGAAGAAAGAUCACCAUUUUGGGGACUCGAUUAGACAGUCUGCAAUCCCUUCUUGUCAAGGUUCCUGGCAAGCAGCAUGUUUCGGAGAAAGAGAUGAAUCGUCGCAAGGAUAUGGUUGGGAAUUUGAGAUCAAAAACAAAUCAGGUGGCCUCUGCUUUGAAUAUGUCAAACUUUGCAAACAGAGACAGCUUGUUUGGAACAGAUUUAAAGCCGGAUGAUGCGAUAAAUAGAGUCUCUGGCAUGGACAACCAAGGAAUUGUUGUAUUUCAACGGCAAGUUAUGAGAGAACAAGACGAGGGACUUGAGAAGUUGGAGGAAACAGUCAUGAGUACCAAACACAUUGCUCUCGCUGUUAACGAGGAGCUCACCCUGCAGACAAGGCUUAUUGAUGACUUAGAUUACGAUGUGGAUAUCACUGACUCUCGCUUACGGCGUGUUCAAAAGAGCCUUGCCUUGAUGAACAAGAGCAUGAAAAGUGGUUGCUCAUGCAUGUCUAUGCUCUUGUCUGUGCUUGGAAUCGUUGGUCUUGCUCUUGUAAUUUGGCUGCUGGUUAAGUACCUGUAAUGCCAAUGUGGUGGCAACUUGUGAAAGCUCAUCCUUUUCUCUCAGCCUAUCCUCUGUGCUUAAUGGUUGUUUUCUAUUCCUUCUAUCGAUUGAUUCGUGUCUGUGAGGCAAAGAAGAAUACCACUGCGUGUAAGAAACCCUCAGAAGUACAUAAUCUGUAUUACCUUCGUAUCAACCACGAAUUGUAAACUAAGUUGACAUUUGUCUAUAUAUGGUAUGGCUCCUACUUGGUUCAAUAAAGAGAACUAGUGGCUUGGACAAUGCAGAGACAUAAUGGUCAAGAUGGCAAUCAUUUUUUUAUAAAGUGACCAUCAAUUUUUUUAUUGUGUGGAAAAAUUGAUCUCAGUCACAUUCUGUAAGGUUAGCCACUUGGCCUUUUAGCUCUGUAGGCGCUGCUUAUGAUGGGGAGCAUUGGCAAUCACCUCCUUUGGGGUGAUUUCAUUGUUUGAUUCCGGAUUAGAAUAUGAAUUAAACAUCUCUAAUUGUUUCAAAAUCAAUUUAAC